CCGUAAGACAAUCGCAAGACGGCGGUUGAGACAGUCUUGUGUUGAUGCAAAUCACAUCUCGCUGACUCACGGUAAGCGAGCGCCUCUAAAUAAAAUAAGGUACUCACAUCAGUAACAAGUAUUUUCAGUCGGUGAAUCGCCGUGCGAGGUGGUGCGUGUGGAUGGCUCAGAGUAUUUCCCAGCGGAUCUAGUAUGGUAAUGACCGCCAUCUCAACUAUGUGACGAGGUUGCCGACGACACAAUAAACAGUUGAUUUCAGUUUACGUCGAUCGUCAUAAAAGUUAUUUGUGUCGAUUAUUUGUAGCAGUUCAGUUUGUGCCAAAUUAUCAGAAGACUAACAUUGAAAAAAAGAUUUAUGAGAUUUUCUUUGAUGGCAAAAUAAUAAUAAACAUUUUAAUUUAUUUAUGCUUAUUUUUGUGAUUAUCAAUGAGUGUGUAUAGUAAUGUAAUCAUGUUUAAUGUGAAUGUGUUUGUGUAUUUGUUCCUGCUGGGGCUGCUCGGCGUGGGUUCCCUGUUUGCCGGUGACGGCUGCUAUGUUGAAGAAAAUCAAGGCACGUGCGUAGUGUUGUCUGAUUGUCAGCAUCUUAUCAAUGAAAUACAUAGGGCUGGUAAGCCUAUGCCAAUACACAUAAGGAAUAAAUUGCAGAUGCUCGGCUGCGGAUUUGAAUCGGAUAAACCAAUGGUAUGUUGUGUCCCACCAAGUAACUUUGAUGCUAUAAACAGCUGGACUCCUGAAAUACAUGGAAGUAGUUUAUCAGGCGUGCCCAAUAGAGGGAAACCAACUCAAACCGACGAUAACGUAGUUUGGGGUUCGGACUACAGUAAUAGCAAUAUACCACCAAAAGAUGAUACUGACAUAUUAGGUCAUGAGCAUGACAAACUUGGGCAAUUUACACCAAGUGACAGAGUUACCACUACCGCAAAUCAUCGUAAUAUAGGACUUUUACCUACGGAUUGCGGCAGCAUUGAAAGUGAUAGAAUUAUCGGUGGGAAUCGUACACGCCUGUUUGAAAUGCCUUGGAUGGUACUCUUGUCGUACCAGUCAGGUCGUCGAACGAGAUUAGACUGUGGGGGUACUUUGAUCAAUGAGUGGUACGUCUUGACUGCAGCACAUUGUGUGACUUCCUUGCGAAGUAACCUAAUACUAACACAUGUUAUUUUAGGAGAACAUGAUGUAGAACACGAUCCUGACUGCGAACGAUCUGAUGGAAACAAAUAUUGCGCUCCUCCCAUUAAGACCGUAACAAUCGAGGAGACUAUUCCGCAUCCGCGCUACAAUUCGAAAACUUUUGCCGAUGAUAUUGCUUUGUUAAGACUAUCAGAGCCCGCUGAUUUCAAUUUAGAUAAUAUGAAGCCAUUAUGCUUGCCGCUGACGUCGCAGCUUCAGACAGAGAAUUUGGUGAAUAUUAAUGGCAUUGUGGCGGGUUGGGGAGUCACAGAGGAGGGCAUGGAAUCUUCCGUGUUGUUGAGUGUGAGCCUGCCGAUACUAAGCAAAGACGAGUGUGAAACAGCAUAUAAAGGGACUGUUCAACUUAGUGACAAGCAGUUGUGCGCAGGCGGUGUUAGAGACAAAGACUCAUGUGGUGGUGACUCUGGAGGGCCACUAAUGUAUCCUGGCAAAGUGGGUUCAGGCGGUAUCAAGUACAUUCAGCGCGGCAUUGUCUCCUACGGGACCAAGCGAUGCGGCGUCGGUGGCUUCCUGGAGUCUACACGAAUGUAGCUAGCUACAUGGACUGGAUAUUAGACAAUAUACACACAUAAUAUUUAAAUUACUUUAUCGUUUAAUGGUCAAGAUAGGGGAAAGCGAAGAUUUUAAUUAUUAUUAUGCGCAAAUUGUAAAUUGACAUAUAGUUUAUUGGUCAUUUACAUUUUGUGAGAAUAAUAUAUAGUAUUGUGGUAAAAUACGAUGUAAUAUGAUCUUGUACUGUGAGUGAGUCUCAAAGAAUACGAUAGAAUUCCCCGUUCUGCCCCUUGACAUUUUACAUUUUUAAAAUGAAAUGCUAGUCUGUAUACUGUAUUUAAAAUAAUAAUUAUUUGUAUAAGUAUAACCUUGUAAUACCAGUUCUAAGUGUGAGUUGACACGAGAAAAAUAUACUCAAAUUAAUUAUAAUUAAAAUAAUAAAAGAACAAUCCUAAUUUAGUAUUUAUGUUUAACUUUUAGAUUGAACCCUAAAUUCACGAUGGUCGUGUUUUGGACAAAUAAUUUAUUGUGUUUUAAGUAACCGUAUUUUCAUUAUGACUUUAUAGAGACAAGCCUCGACCUCGUUCAGUCGAAGACUAUCGAAAAUGUAUGCCAAUUUAAAAAAGGUGUACGCAGAUCCAUUCACGUGGCAGUUGUUUAGAAGUAUCAUGUUUUUUACACUCGGAUUGAAGCUCAUAAAUGAUCUUGUUAGGCACUUACCAGCAACUUGUGGCAACUUGUAAAUGAAAUAAAUAUUGAUAAUUACAAAAAACAUAA